UUCCUGCUCCAGCUUGCCAUCAGGGCAUACUAUUAGAGAAUCAAAUAGUCAUACACCUAAGGUUGAAGUUAGGGAUGUGCAGGUAGAUGAUCAAGUAACUGUUACCCGGUGGUCCAAGCGACAUGUAACACGAGGCUCUGAUAAGCGAUCAACAAAUAUUGUUGAAUGGAGGAAGAAGACUACAGAGGCCCGGGCUCCAUCUUUUGAUGAAAAAGAAAGAGAAAGAUGCAUAUCAAAGUGCAAGAGAGAGGAAGCAAAGAUCACUGCUUGGGAAAAUCUGCAGAAAGCAAAAGCAGAGGCAGCAAUCCGGAAGUUGGAGAUGAAGCUUGAAAAGAAGAGGUCAUCAUCGAUGGACAGAAUUUUGGGCAAACUACGUUCUGCUCAAAAGAAAGCACAAGGCAUGCGCACUACAGUUUCUGUCAGCGAGGAUCAGUGUGCUGUCAGUGAAGAUCAGUGUGCUGUGAGGGCAACCAAGAAGGCAUCCUUGAGAAGGACUGGCAAGCCUUUCAGCUGCUGUUUCACCUACCAUGCUUGCUAGUUCUGAUAUGGUUGGUAUCUACAAUGAUUGUAGAAACUUUUUGAACCUUUGCAGCUCAAGUCAGCCGACAGACAAACCGAAGCUGGACUGCAAAUGUCCGCCGUUGCAGCUGGAGGUAGCAGGAGUAGAUAGAAGAAGAGAGCUUUGCGCAGUCUGAAGAAUGGAACACUCAACUGGGGUGUCAGAAAAUCGAAGUUUUCGAGCAAAGCCCACUCUUGUAGCCGGUGAUAUGAUAUGGAGUACUUGACUCGGUGCUCUGUAUCUGUAAACCAAGCAAGUGCUGUAGGUCAGGAAGCUCCCCUCUCGAGCUUCUCUCUAGUUGAACUCCGGACUGAUCGGCCUGAUGAUGUGUAAUGUAUCUUUCCCGUGGAAUUCUGUAUGUAGUUUCAAGCAUUGGGGCUCCAGUGUCAAAUAUUGGAUUCAUUAAACAAAGUUGUGAGAGCCACAAGCCAGAGGCGCUUUA